AUGCCUCAGCGGGGCGGCGAGCUACCCCCGUCCAAGAGGCCGAAGCUGGCGGCCGGCCUCCGCAAAGCCAUGUUGCUGGCGCCGCCCGGAGCCAAGCGGCAGCCUCCGCCCGCCUCGGGGAUGGAGAGCCAGCGCCGCAGCCUGCCCAUCUUCCAGGCGCGAGGGACCCUCCUCGGCCAACUGCGGAGCCUCGACUGCGCCGUCCUCAUCGGGGAAACAGGAUCCGGGAAGACAACUCAGAUCCCCCAGUACCUCUACGAAGGGGGAAUUGGACGCCAGGGCAUCAUCGCUGUCACUCAGCCUCGCCGUGUAGCCGCCAUCUCCUUGGCUACUCGAGUCUCAGAUGAGAAGAAAACGGAACUGGGGAAGCUGGUCGGUUACACGGUUCGCUUCGAGGAUCUCACUUCCGACGAGACGAAGAUCAAGUUUCUGACAGACGGGAUGCUGCUCCGGGAAGCCAUCGGGGACCCUCUCCUCCACAAGUACAGCGUUGUCAUUUUGGACGAAGCGCACGAGAGGACAAUCCACACGGACGUGCUCUUUGGCGUGGUGAAAACAGCGCAGAAGAAGCGGAAGUUCUUGGGGAAAUCGCCACUGAAAUUAAUUGUUAUGUCGGCUACCAUGGACGUUGACCAGUUCUCCCAGUAUUUCAAUGGAGCACCUGUCUUAUACCUGGAAGGCCGGCAGCAUCCCAUCCAGAUCUUCUACGUCAAACAACCUCAGAGCGAUUACCUCCAGGCCGCAUUAGUGACCAUCUUCCAGAUCCAUCAGGAAGCGCCAUCUUCUCAGGACAUCCUGGUCUUUCUGACGGGUCAGGAGGAGAUCGAAGCCAUGACCAAAACCUGCCGCGACAUCACAAAGCACCUUCCCGACGGCUGCGUGCCGAUGGUGGUCAUGCCUCUGUAUGCUUCCCUGCCCUACUCGCAACAGCUCCGAGUCUUCCAGGCUGCACCCAAGGGCUAUCGCAAAGUGAUUCUCUCGACGAACAUUGCUGAGACCUCCAUCACCAUUGCAGGCAUAAAAUAUGUCGUGGACACAGGCAUGGUUAAAGCGAAGAAGUACACUCCCGAAAGCGGUCUUGAAGUGCUGGCAGUCCAGAGGGUGUCGAAGGCGCAGGCUUGGCAGCGGACAGGCCGAGCCGGAAGAGAGGACAGCGGACUUUGCUACCGCCUGUACACGGAAGACGAGUUUGAGAAGUUUGACAAAAUGACCGUGCCCGAAAUACAAAGGUGUAACCUGGCCAGCGUGAUGCUCCACCUCCUGGCCCUGAGGAUUCCGAAUGUACUCACCUUUGACUUUAUGUCCAAACCAUCUCCAGAGGCCAUUCAGGCAGCUAUCGAGCAGCUCGCCCUGUUGGGGGCAGUGGAAAGAAAAGAUGACCAGCUCGUCCUGACCACGCUGGGAAGGAAGAUGGCGGCGUUUCCUCUGGAACCCAAGUUCUCCAAAACAAUCCUGAUGUCCCCCAGGUUCCACUGCUCAGAGGAGAUCCUGACCAUCAUCUCACUGCUGUCUGUGGACAGCGUCCUCUACAACCCCCCGUCCCGGCGGGAUGAUGUCCAGGCCGUCCGGAAAAAGUUCAUCUCCAGCGAAGGGGACCUCAUCACGUUGCUCAACAUCUACCGAGCCUUCAAAAACAUCAGUGGCAAUCGGGAAUGGUGCAAAGAAAACUUCGUGAACAGCAGGAACAUGAUGCUGGUCUCUGACAUCAGAGCUCAGCUGAGAGAUAUUUGCUUAAAGCUCUCGAUACCCCUGGAAUCUUCCCGAUCCGACACGGGCAACAUCCGCCGCUGCCUGGCAUACAGCCUCUUCAUGUACACGGCCGAGCUGCAGCUGGAUGGGACCUACGCCACAACCGACACCCACCAGCCGGUGGCCAUCCACCCUUCCUCCGUCCUCUUCCACUGCAAGCCGGCCUGCGUCACGUACAACGAGCUGCUGCACACCAACAAGUGCUACAUGCGGGACCUCUGCGUGGUGGACGCUGACUGGCUGUACGAUGCCGCACCUGAGUACUUCCGCCGGAAGCUCAGAGCAGCCAAGAACUAA